AUGAUCUAUCCACUUAUGUCUGAUUUUCAACAACAACAACAACAACAAUCAAUAAACGCUAUUAAUGAUCAAUCGUCAUCAUCAGCUGAAAUUCAAGUUCGAUUUAUUACACGUUUAGAUAAAUAUGCUGUUCCAAGCAUACCCUUAUUUAUUCCAGCCACAUCUUCAACACAACAGUUAUCAACAAUUCUAAAAAGUUUAUUAACAUCUGCUGAACAUUUUACUGAUAAAGAUUUAGCAAAUAUCCACUUUGAUUUCUUAUUUGAUGGAGAAAUUAUACGUUUACCAUUGAGCCAACAACUGAAUGAAAGAAAUAUCCCUUUAGAAAGAUUAAUUGAAUUAGAAUAUAUUGAACGUUUCCGUCCUCCGGAACCGGAAGACUCUUAUUUACAUGAUGAUUGGGUUAGUGCAUGUGAAGGUUAUGGUGAUAUUUUACUUGUGGGAUGUUAUGAUAAUACCGUUCAUUUAUGGAAUACAGAAGGUGAACAUUUGUCAACAUUACCCGGUCAUAAUGGUCCUGUACGAUGUGUU